UAAAAACUUUCUUUGCUCCCACCCAUCGAUUUGAGGUCUUUUUCUACGGAGUGUUGGCUUGGACUGAGGCGUAAACCAAACGGCUUCAAAAUGUUUAAUUUCGGACCAAAAAUAUUUUUGCUUUUUCUGCUCGCUUUUCCAAUCACUCUUGUUUCCAUAGGUGGGGUUAAAGCUGAGAGUGACCCCUCAGAAGACCAAGGUCCGGAUUCUGUAGUUGAGGAAGAGGAUGAGGACGAAGAUGAGGUUCUGGUUGAGGAGGCCCAAGUUUCUGAAUCGGACACGGACGAAGAUCUAGAUGAAGACUCUACAGGAACCGAUGUGACUUCUCACCCUGAUGCAGACACCACCAUUGUAUUCGUUACUGGGGAAGAGUUUCCAGCCAAUGAAAUUGUGAAGUUCCUGGUUGGUUUCACCAACAAGGGGAGUCAAGACUUCACUGUCCAAUCACUGGAGGCCUCAUUCCGUUACCCACAGGACUACCAGUUCUACAUUCAGAAUUUCACAGCCCUGCCCCUCAGCACUGUAGUCCAGCCCCAGAGACAGGCGUCGUUUGAGUACUCCUUCAUCCCAGCUCAGCAAAUGGCCGGCCGCCCCUUUGGACUCGUCAUCCUGCUCAACUACCUGGACAGUGAGGGUAACGGUUUCCAGAGCGCCAUAUACAACCAGACAGUCACCAUUAUCGAGUUGGACGAGGGGCUGGAUGGUGAAACGAUGUUCAUGUAUGUCUUCCUCUCUGGGCUGGUGGCUCUGCUGCUCUUUGGAAUUUACCAGGUGUUGGAGGCUCGAACGAGGAAGAGACUACCUGUGAAAGUAGAGACAGGUACAGGUGGUCUGAACGACGUGGACAUCAGCUGGAUUCCCCAGGAGACCCUCAAUGUCAUGAACAAAGCCUCCCCAAAAGCCUCUCCCCGGAAGCGCACCAAGAGAGCCGCGGGCACGGACCAGUAACCCGGCCCGGCCGCGAGGCCCAGCCCCACUCCAGCCCCUCCCCCUCCACCCAAUUCUGCCCAAUGGGCAUGUCCGCCCGCCACAGAACUCUCGAGACACGCCCUUGCCCUGAACACGCAAGGCUCCAGAACAGUAGCGGUCGCGGCGCAUGCCAAUCCGCCUGUUCUGCUCGCAUCCUGAUGGAGUGUACCGCCACUACCUGCCGGACCCUAACUGAUAUGGUUUUAACACAGAUGUUGGGCCUUAAUUUUUUAAAAGUUUGGAACAGAUUAAUGAAACAUUGGCUUGCUUAAAGCCUGGUUUGAAUCACUUUAUUGCUGUAAUGUGGUGUGUCCCAUUCAAAGAAAGAUGUGUAAUUUUUUAAUGUGUGCGUUUUAUUGCCUAUCCAAAGGCUGUUGUCGCAGCUGUUUCAGUUGAAAUGUGAUUGAGUUUAUUUUAGCAGGUUUGUAAUGUAAAAAUUGCAACAAACCAGGGGGAUCUGUUUUUAGUUUUCUUAUUUUGUAUUGAUCUGAUUUUCACAUCUGUAAAUUAUGAGGAUGCUUCCCAUCACAGAUAUCAGGGAUCCGUUGAUCCUUGCCCCAAAUCAAUUAUCUGCUCUGACUGUGGGCAAAAAAACAGUUUUUGAAACUCAAUUUGGAACAGAAUUAGUAAGCUAUCAGAAACACCAUCUCCAAAAGCAGCUUCUCUCUCUCUCUCUCUCUCUUUCUCACUCUCACUCUCUCACUGACACACAGGGGUGCUGCACACAGAAGGAAGCUCGGUCAUGUUGACAGAGGGCAUUGGGCCCUGGGUACCUCGGAGGCGGGUGGUUUGUGGUUAUUGUGGCAGUAUUCUGUGUUGCUUUGCUCAGAGCCAUUCCACGUACAAUUUGAACACUAACUGAUGAAUAUGUGGCGCGGGUUCGCAUCAGCUGAGAUGCUUUGCAAUUCGGUGCCAGUUAUCACAACUUUUUAAGGAGCACUACUGUGGUACAGUCGGUCCUUAAAAGAUGACAAUCUGGGGGGAAACUGCUGAUGGGCUUGUCUGUGAAUUGGUAUUUGGGUGAUUGCAUUUGACUGCUUGAUUGGAGACCGGUGUUUUGAUAAUGUACAGUGAGUCAAUGCAUGCUGUUAAUAAAGACUACCAAGCUUGGCAGAACCUAAGGACUAA